CUUCACUCACGCGCUUGGCGCUAUUUGCCACGGAAGGUCAUCAAGUGCAAAACCGGCUGAGGCAAUAACACACUGGGUAAAGACAUUACACUUGCCGGUAGGGCCGGUGGGUACGGAAUUAAAUACGGACCCCUGAGGUUCAACAGUCAACGAUUAGGAAACCGUAAGGUGCACUAUGUUUUUACAGCAGGAAGAGUGAGUGAGUGAUUGUUUAAGUCUGUCAGAUUCAGUAUGUCUGCAUGGGUGCAGCAGGAGGCUGGUCCAACCAGUUCUGCUGAAAUCAAGAAAUCAGAGCCCAGAGGCCAGGAGAAGAAAUGCUCAUGGGCGUCUUACAUGACAAACUCCCCCACCUUGAUUGUCAUGAUCGGCCUCCCUGCCAGAGGCAAGACGUACAUGUCAAAGAAACUCACACGCUAUCUCAACUGGAUAGGAGUUCCAACAAAGGUGUUUAACCUGGGGGUGUAUCGGAGGGAAGCAGUUAAAGCCUACAAGUCUUAUGACUUCUUCAGACAUGACAAUAAGGAAGCCAUGGAGAUCCGAAAACAGUGUGCCUUGGUGGCCCUGGAAGAUGUAAAGACCUACCUUAAUGAAGAAGGUGGACAAAUAGCUGUAUUUGAUGCCACAAACACAACCCGGGAAAGACGGGAUCUUAUAUUCAGUUUUGUACAGGAGAAUUCAUAUAAGGUGUUUUUUGUGGAGUCAGUAUGUGAUGAUCCAGAGGUUAUAGCAGCUAACAUCCUGGAGGUCAAGGUUUCAAGUCCAGAUUAUCCAGAGACGCACAGAGAGCGAGUCAUGGAUGAUUUCCUGAAACGCAUAGAAUGUUAUCAAGUCACUUACCAGCCACUAGAUCCUGAUGAAUAUGACAAAGAUUUGUCCUUCAUUAAGGUGAUGAACGUGGGUCGUCGGUUUGUGGUGAACCGUGUUCAGGACUACAUCCAGAGCAAGAUCGUCUACUACCUCAUGAACAUCCACGUGCACUCGCACUCCAUCUACCUGUGCAGGCACGGAGAGAGCGAACACAACGUCCAGGGCCGCAUUGGAGGAGAUUCUGAACUCUCCCCCCGAGGAAGACAGUUUGCGAGCACCCUGCAUGAGUUCAUUGAGGAGCAUAAGCUGUCUGACUUGAAGGUUUGGACGAGCCAGUUAAGAAGAACCAUCCAGACGGCUGAAGAGCUGGGAGUUCCGUAUGAACAGUGGAAAAUCCUCAAUGAGAUCGAUGCUGGAGUAUGUGAAGAGAUGACCUACGAAAUGAUCCAGAACACGUUCCCAGAAGAGUUUGCUUUAAGGGAUCAGGAUAAAUACCACUACAGAUACCCUGGAGGAGAGUCGUAUCAGGACCUGGUUCAGCGGCUAGAGCCUGUGAUUAUGGAGCUUGAGAGACAAGGCAAUGUACUAGUCAUCUGCCACCAGGCAGUUAUGCGCUGCCUACUAGCCUAUUUCUUGGACAAGAGUGCAGAUGAUCUGCCCUAUUUGAAAUGUCCCCUUCACACUGUCAUGAAGCUCACUCCAGUUGCUUAUGGCUGCAAAGUAGAGAUGUUUUAUCUGAAUGUGGAGGCAGUGAAUACACAUCGCGACCGGCCACUGGGGAAAGUCAGACGAGACUCCGCCCCUCUGCUAAGGCGGAAUAGUUACACGCCCCUCUCCAGUCAUGACCAGGUUAAGCGGCCCCGCCUCUACAGCGAUGGCAACCGACCCUGGCUGCCCCUCACCCCCUCCCCCACCACCCUGCACAUCCCCAACUCGCCAGACGGGGCGCUGCUGCUUCAGCAAAGCCAAUCUCAUGUGGCUGGCAGUCAUCUGACUCCUUGUGUGAAGGAAUCAACUUUGACUGCCCAGACGAAGCUAAUGACUGUUUCCGCUUCUGAAUGAGAUGGGCGAAUUUCCAAAAUCCUGCAUGAAAAUGAAACUUUGCUUUUAGGUAUUGCUUGCUUUUUUGGUGACGGAACUACAUUUCCCAUCAGCCCCUAGCAUGACAAAUCACCACUGCUGUGACUGAAAUGAAUCCUAUAAUUUAUCAUGAAGAGAUAUAUAUGCCCAGUUAUUUUAGCUGAUGAUGCCUUAAUGAAGACUGUUUGAUCUGUUAUAAUUUGGACAUGAUGUGGGUUGUGAAAAUGAUGAUAACCUCAGUACAGGAUUUGUGUUGCAAUACAGUGUUGUUUGCAGCAAUGGAUUUUCCCAGUCAUAACUAUUACAACACAGACUCUAGUCAAUCAUCAGGAUGAAGAAAAGCUUAUUUCAGGGAAUCAGUGGAAAAGAGAUUAGAGGAACAGUUUAUAUAUUAAAACAAGUAAGUUUGUGCACAUUGUGGCUUAAAAGGAAUGCACUUGAGGAGAUUUUUAAUGAGAAUGAAAUUUUUUUUUUUCUUGCAAAUUUUCUUAAAAAGAAUGAUAGUCAUAUGGGAUAUUGCACAAAGUUCAAGCUAGUGAUGUAAUAUUUUUAUAGAAAUAUUUGUGUGCAGCAUCCGGACAGAUCACAAGGAUUUGUAGAUCGCCGUAUUUAAAUGAGGUAUAUUUAAUAGGUCAGGUCACUGCUGGAGAUGCAACAAAUGUAGUUGUUUUAUCACGGUUUUGAAUGUAGUCUGCGCUCUUUAAGCAAAAAAAAGUUUUCUCUGGUUAUGUGUUUGUUACAAAACUGAAAUUACUAGCUUUACAAGUAUUUUUGUGUUAAGGAGCUGCACUCAAAACACAAUUCACAUCUCGAUCAACAGCAUGUCGUCAACCAAGGACACUGCAUAAAACAAGUUAAAUAAUGUGCCAUAUGACUACCUUAUGGUUGAAUGUUUAAAGAAAAAUGUCUGAAGUUCUGUAUUUUUCCACUAAUUCUUUCCAUUUUUUAACAUUUGAAUCAUGUUUUGCCUCACUACUUUAUUUGUAAUGGUGCGACAUUAUUUUUUAAAAGUGCAAAUAUUCCAUAUACUCUGAGUUUAAUGCUGCAUGCAUUAUACUAAAUUAUAAAUAAAUUGGCAAAAUACAGCUUGUGCUGCUGUGAUCAGUGUCCAGGGCAUGAACAUCAUCAGCACUUGUUCAUUUCUGCAUGACACAAAGUUUUCAUGAGAUAUCCAAGAAUGCAUUGCCUUUAAGAAAGUGGCUAAUGUGAUUGCACAGUACAAACUGCACCAAAUCUGACUUUGAACUUAUGGCAAUGCCACUGAAUAGAAAAUAUAUGAUUCAUUUUCAGACUUUGGAAAACUGUCUGCAAUGUUUUGAAAUAUUGCUUUCUCCAAAUACAAUUAAACAUCUGUUAUGUCAGAGUC